AUGUUGUGGUGGAUGCUUUGUCGGUUCUCCACCAUUUCCUCAAGGCGUCUUGUAACUCUGGCUGCUUCAAAUCCCAGUCCACGAGAGGCAAAGACAUCCUCAGCAUAUUCCACGAUAACAACAUGUGCAUCCUGUUGCCGGAGUCGCGAUUACGUGAGGAUACGUAAAAUUGGCCCAUGUCCCCGACCGUCCGGUGCCGGCCUCUAUUCAGACUCAUUAAUUGUGGCAAUCCCCGUUGCGCCCGACUGCCUGGCCUCAGAGUUGACUGAGGCUUCGGCGCCAAGUUUGCCAAUUCAAACGGAAAAGAAACAAACACGGGCAACUGUUUUUUGGCGCUGA